AGUCGGAACUAGCGGCGCCCUAUGCUAGUUUGCUUUGAUUCUAAGCUCACCCACCUCCCCUCUCAUCUCUCUCCCCCACCCAACCAAAUCUCUCUCGUUUCACACACACACCACACACAUAUACACACACAACCCCCUCCCCAUCCUCUCUUAUUUUAUCAUAUCCCAUCCCUUUCCAUAUCCAUAUCCAACCCUCUUUAUUCAUAUUAAAUUCAAUUUUAAAAAACAUGAAGGGAGAAGAAUAUCCAGAAGAAAUACACCCCUCUACCACCACCACCUCAAUGUUCUCCAAAAUCCACCAAACUCAAAAUUUCCACCCCAUACCCCCACCCUACCACGUCACCACCUUCCCUCAAGACCCCAACACCCCCACUUCCAACUCCCCUAAAAACGAGCCCUCCCAAAACGACGGCGCUUCGAUAGAAGUCACUCGCCGUCCACGUGGCCGCCCGCCCGGAUCCAAAAACAAACCCAAGUCGCCCAUUAUCAUCACCCGAGAACCCGAACCCAUCAUGUCACCUUACGUCCUCGAAAUCCCCGCCGGGUCGGAUAUUAUCCACACGGUCACCACCUUCUGUAGACGACGGAACUCGGGUCUUUGUAUUCUAAGCGGGUCGGGUAUGGUCAGCAACGUCACGCUGAAACAGCCGUCGACUACGCCCGGCGCCACCGUGACUUUUCACGGCCGUUUGGACAUGUUGUCUAUAUCAGCGACCAUCUUGCCAAACCUAGCAAACAGCUUCACUAUUACACUGGCGGGCCCACAAGGGCAGAUUGUUGGCGGGGCCGCCGUGGCCCCACUGGUGGCUGCUUCGACGGUGUAUGUGAUUGCGGCGUCGUUCAACAGUCCGGCGUAUCAUCGUUUGCCGCUUGAAGAUGGGCAGGAGAAUAAUGAAAAUAAUGGCGGGGGAGCUGACGUGGCGUCGCCGUCGGGGGGUUCUGGAGGCGGAGACAGCGGGCAUGCGAUAUAUAGUUGUCAUGGGUUGGCGACGGAUGUGAUAUGGGCACCGACCCCGAGGCAAGCUCCGGCGAGUUAUCAGUGAAAAUAUUAGUUUGAAUAAUGUUAAUGAUGGUGAUUAUUGUUAUUGAGUAGGGUUUGGUACUGUUGAGAGAAGCGGGGAGAUGCAAAUAUGCAAUUUGGUAGUCAAAGUUGAUGGAAAAACUUAGUUAUAGAAGAUUAGUUUCUGUGGUUAGAGAAGUUGAUGCUUGAUGGUUUGUACUUUGUAGUUUGUAAUUUGUAUGCUCAAUGUGUCCAUGUUUACAAUUUUUUGGUUUGAAUUUUUUAUUUUUUGUUUUAUAAUUUUGAUGAAUUUAAAUUUUAAUAUUUAGUGGACA